AUUGUGCUGAAUCGAAUCCAAAAUGGUGCACCAUCCCGUUCCGGCAGCGGCGGAAAAUUUACCAUUCAAAUCCAUCCGCAACCAAUUCCUGGCAGCGCUAGCCGUGAACAUCAUAACCCUUGGCCACGGUGCGGCUCUCGGUUGGGUAUCGCCUUUCCUGCCCUACCUGCAGUCAAACGGAACUCACCUCACGACCGGACCGGUGACCAUCGAGCAAGCUUCCUGGAUCGGUUCGACCAUCUGUUUCGGCGGAUUAAUCGGUGCUCCGACGUUCGGACUGUUGGCCGACCGGUUGGGAAAACGUCUCGGUUUGCAGCUGCUUGCAGUUCCACAUCUGGCUUUCUGGCUAUGCAUACUGCUAGGCACCAACGUUUACCAUCUCUACUUGGGACGAAUCCUGGCCGGAUGCGCCGGCGGCGGCAUUCUUCGAGCUAUUCCACUCUACAUUGCCGACAUCGCCGACUGCAAGCUGCGUGGAAUGCUGGGUUCGAUGCUGGUCAUCACGCUGAACGUAGGCAUUCUGACCGGAUUUAUUCUCGGAAACUUUCUGGAAUAUUUCACCGUUCCGGUUGUGAUGCUAGCCAUCCCGGUGAUAUUCGUCCUGGCAACCUGUUUUCUUCCCGAAACCCCGUACUGUCUGCUGCUGCAGAAUCGAACCGAAAAAGCCGAACGAUCACUGAUGUUCUAUCGAGGAAUCACUGGAUACUUUCAGAAGUCACCGGAAUUUUGCCGAGAGCUAGAUCAGCUGAAGAAGGUAGUGAAGGUUGAAGAAGAAUCACACGAACAAAAUAUGCUGAGGUGGAAAGAUUUUUGUACGAAACCAGCUCAAAAAGGGUUGUGCAUUGGAAUUUUCCUAAUGCUGCUGAAUCAGUUCAGUGGAGCUCUGGCCAUUAUCACGUACUCGGCAACAAUUUUCCAAGAGUCUGGAUCGGAUCUGACGCCGAACGUGUCCUCAAUCAUAGUUGCGCUGAUUCAGUUGAUCGGAACGGGAGUGUCCUUCGCACUAGUGGACAACAUAGGACGUAAAGUUUUAAUGCUGAUCUCAACGAUUGGCACCGCUGCUGGCCUGUUUUCCAUGGGCCUUUUUUCCUACCUACAAGAAAAUGGUUUCGAUCUCAGUCAGCUUCAGUCGUUACCAAUCAUUAGUCUAUCUUUUACGAUUUUGCUCUCAUCGAUAGGAAUCCUUCCCCUGCCAUUUGUGAUACUGGCCGAGGUGUUGCCACAAAAGAUAAGGAACGUUGGCAGCACGAUUAGCAUUACAAUGGUAGCGUCAUGUGCUUUUAUGGUACUAAAGCUUUUUCCAAUAAUGAUGGAUCAAAUUAAACUGUUCGGAACGAUGUGGGUGCUCUCGUCUAUAUGUUUCCUGGCAAUUUUCUUCAUACUGUUUGUGAUUCCGGAAACAAAAGGGAAAAAUUUAAUUACUGUUGAAAGCACUAACGAAUCAGUUUAAAACACACUUAUUUUUAUAAUUUGAGUUUCUUUUUUUAGUGUAUAUG